AUGGAGUCAACACCAAAACCCAAAGAACAACGGCGACGUAUACCAUCUGCAGAGAGAAAGAGUAAAAAACAAGCAAAUCAUGCACAUUCAUCUUCAACAAAAAAACCUGAUAAAGUGAAAGGUAAAGAGAGGGAGAGAGAAGAUUCACAGCCAAAUCGUCCAUGUAAAGAACAUUCUUUCCUCACAGAUGUGGCAGAUGUACGAGAAAUGGAACAAGGUUUAUUACAGUUAUUAGAUAAAUUUCACUCAGGCAAACUGAGAGCAUUUGGUGGUGGUUCAACCUUCGACCAAAUGGAUCAAGUAAGAGAACAACAAGAGAGAUUAGCUAGAUUACAUUUUGAUCUUGAUAUACAACAAGACAUGCAUAGGUUAAAUUCAGAUGAAGCUAGAUCUGCAGCAAACGAAAAUCUCAAUAAAUUAAUUGGACAGGUAAUAAAAUACUUAUACUUCAAGGAUUGA